GAAUAUUGGACGUGUCUCGUACAAAGCAGACGUUUAUAGCUUCGGGAUGCUAGUAUUAGAUAUGGCUGGAAAGCGGAAUAAAUUGAAUAUAUCAACAAACGAUUCAAGCCAGUACUUCCCAGAAUGGGUUUACAACCAAGUAUCUGAGGGAAGAAAUGGAGAGAUUGGAGGUACUACAGAGGAGGAAAAUAAAAUAGCUAAAAAGAUGGUUAUGGUGGGGUUAUGGUGUAUUGAGAUGAAUCCUUGUAACCGACCAUCCAUGAACAAAGUUGUUGACAUGCUUAAUGGUGACGUGGACGGUCUGCAGUUGCCUCCUAGAGCUGUUUCAGAACCUAUAGAAGCAUGGGUCAACGAUGAAACAGAUAUGUCAUUCGACUAUUCCACAGAGUC